AUGGGGUAUGUGGUAUCAAAUAUAAGAUUUAGAAAAAACAGAAGUAGCCAGCCGAAGAGAGGACAGCCCUUUAAUAAUAAUAAUGCACAAUUUAGAGGAUUUGGAUUUGGAACAAACAGUAGUAGUCAGUCGACGAAUAAACAGCCUUUUAAUGAUAAUGCACAAUAUGGAGGAUUCGGAACAAACAGAAGUAGCCAUUCGACAAGAGAGCAGUCAUUUAAUGAUGAUGCACAAUUUGGAGGAUUCGGAACAAACAGAAGUAGCCAGUCGACGAAUGAGCAGUCAUUUAAUGAUGAUGCACAAUUUGGAGGAUUCGGAACAAACAGAAGUAGCCAGUCGACGAAUGAGCAGUCAUUUAAUGAUGAUGCACAAUUUGGAGGAUUCGGAACAAACAGAAGUAGCCAGUCGACAAGAGGGCAGCCAUGUAAUGAUCAUGCUCAAUAUGGAGGAUUCGGAAGAUUCAGUAGCAGCCAGUCGACGAAUGAGCAGCCUUUUAAUGAUAAUACAGGAUUCAGAAAAAAAAAAAGUAGGAAAGGACAGCUUUUUUAA